AUGUCAAACCGCAAACCACGAGCCAAGAAUGACAAAUCUUCCACUGAAACCGUAUCUCGCGAUACAUGGGCAUGGGCGCAAAAUGCGUGGAAAUCCAUGAAGAGGUCGAGAGAAGCAGGUAAUCAUUCUGCUGUGGAGGUCAACACCAAUUCAGCCUCGACUGUCCCUCAGUUGACACUUUCGCGUGAUACGGCAGCGCUGGCCCAAGUCAAACGUGAACAUCUAUGGGAUGAAGCAUACGACAACCUAAGGCUGGUUCAUCCGCAGUUGGUUACGCAAUACGAAGAGAUAUUGUCCUUGAACAUUGAGGCCAUGGAUACACAGUCUUCUACCUCAAUGGCAGAGCUUACGAAGACUUCCAUUUCCCAAACUGAUCUGAAGGUUAGAUGGCGUCAGAUGUGUCACCUGAUGAAUUGGUGGCUGGAUAACCGGGACCGAGACAGUCAAAAGUCCAACCGGUUUCAAGAUUUGAUAAGGGAUCAUAUACGAAAGUCGGCGGGUGGCGGGUUACCCAAUGCACUGGCUUGGGUACUUUUGCACCCCCCGUCGGAAACGGAAGCUAUCUGUCCUGGACUUUUGGAUAUUAUUUCCAGGAUGAAUUGGUACAACUACCUGCCGAGGCUCGUCGCCAUUGGCGCCCCUGAUGUGCUUCUUGAAGAGGAGCAGGUUUUACGAAGGCGAGUUAUUGAUUUGUACAGGGAGGUUUUGUCGUAUUUGAUGAAUGCUGUCUUGCCAGUUGGCCGUGCGCUCGAUCCUUGGGAGAUGAGUCUGACACAAAUGCAACUGGCAGAAGACAAUCUUUUUACGUUCAGUGGAGGAUUGACGGCUUACCAACUUGACGACUUUUUGGUGGACGCGAGAGAGGACGAAAACCGCCGACUCUCGCCCAGCGUCAAGAAAACAAUGAGUUUGCCAAGCAAGAUGGACGAAGAACUAGCCUGCCUGGGCAGAGUUGAUACUCGGUCAAGGAUCAUCGAGGCGCAAAACGAAAAUGUACUCCUGGUCAAUGAGCUCUGUCAAUGGAUCUGUUCAACAGAACAAUACAAGAGUGUUGUUGAUUGGAGCACUGCAGACGUCACGGAGAGCGAUUCCAGCAAGGAUAUCACAAACGAUCUCAAAAGUCAGAUCCUUCUGAUUGGUGGUGAUCCAGGACUCCAUACAACAGCUCUUAUGGAGGCAAUCGUCCAACACCUCUCAAACGAGGCAAACCUGGAAGAACCCGAUGUCAUCGAAGCCGACUCAAAAGCAGCACCCUGGGUUUUAUCGUAUUACUCUUGCGGUAGCACCAGCCAUGGGAUAGACAACUCUGCUAGGGUGUUGAGAAGCCUCAUACACUCUCUACUCCAACAGCAGCCAAAGCUGAUUACCCACUUGAAUGAAGCUCUGCAAUCCGCGGAAAGAGAUCGGUUCGACAGCCCAAAAGACUUCUUCGCCCUAUCGGGGGUGUUUUUUAGGAUGCUGAGUGACCAAUCUUUUGUUCGGUCAUAUCUGGUGGUAGAUGGCAUCGAUGGAUGUUCAUCUGCCCAUGGAAGAGAUUGCGACGAACACCUGGACGACUUGAUACGGUUGAUCAAGGCGACAGAAGAUGUUCCACAUAAGAUCAAGUGGCUUUUAUCCGCAAACAUGAACUCUCGUAUAAAAAACGAGCUGAUGAAAGAAGGUCAUUUUCAUCUCCAAUAUAUCAUUCUGGACGACGCUUUUCAGACGCGUAAACUCGCGAUCAUAUCUCGCCGCCACAUAUUUUUCCUGAUUCAUCAGCUGGCCGAACAGAAACGAUAUCUUGACAAGACCCAAAAGGAAGUCUCGCGGCUUAUCAACGAAAAGUCACAAGGGAAUAUCCUAUGGGCAGUUAUCGCUUGUGCAAUUCUUCGAAAGAAAGACAGUUGGCACGCAGUCGAGGCCCUCAAGGAGAUGCCUGGAAGUCUUGAUGAGCUGUACGAAUACGCAAGGGUCGAUUUGAAAAGACUUCCUCAUCAAGAUCCCGAACUUUGCAAAUCAGUACUUUCGAUCGUGGCCAUUGUGCACCGCCCCCUUUUGAUAUCGGAGUUGGGACGACUCGUGGAACUACCGUCAGAAGUUGAUCCCGUGGCAAUAAUCGCAAAGUGCCCAUUUCUGGAAGUUCAGUCAGGCAUUGUCAAGUUCGUGAAUCCAGCAGCUCGACAGAACACCCGGGAGCGAUUGCAUCAUGAUUUGACAGAACUUUCCGAAACGCAUGCUCUCGUGGCCAGGAAGACGCUGGAAUUUCUAUCAGCACACUUCGAAGCCGCCACUUUAGGCUUACCCAGACUCAGCCGCCGUCAGAACGAGAGCAAGGAAGAGAGUUUGGCCCACGCUUAUGGAACUCUUCAUUGGAUAAUACACCUCCUUAAUGUAGAAGGCAUUGCCAAAGAUGCUGCAACGACAAACUUGGUGGUUUCCUUCAUGAAGAAUCAUUUCUUGCUCUGGUUUGAUGCAAUGAUCUCCGAGGGCCUUCACACCGACGCAGCGGUCUUGAUGAAGACGCUUGAGCGCGUUCUACAGGAACAAGCAAGAGAAGAAGAUGAUGAGCUACCGGAGACACUAGAUUUCAAGCACCCAGAAGGAGAUAUCCUGGAGCAACUGAGAGAGGAGGAACAAAGCGACAUUCUUUCUUUGGUCCACGAUGGCGUCCAGGUUGUCCGCUCUCAUAUGUCUAGCAACACCUUUUUCCAUAAAAGCCCCAACAGUGUCAUAUUUUACCCAGAGGAGAGCGCUUUGAAACAGGACUGGAUGGCCAAGAACAAGACUUGGCUAGGGACGCCGCCGAGAAUGACACCCAGUUGGAGCGACAACCCCCUUAUCCUAUAUAACCGCAGUCGUAUCCAAAGCAUUGACUUCUGUCCAGAUGGAAGGCUUUUGGCAUCGGGAUCUACGAGCUACGGUAUAUGCGUGUGGGACGCCGAAAUGGGAGAGGUACAGCUAAGAGACGAUGUUGAAAACAGGGUGCAUUAUGUUGCCUUCUCCCCUAGCGGCCUGCUGGCCUCUGUCUCGGAGAAUGGAGUCGUUUCUUUAUGGGAUCUAAGCACUGGACACAGCUCUGAGGCCUUGAAAGUCCAACGGAGCCAGGUAACGGCUAUUAGAUUUUCGCCCAAUGGUAAAGAGAGCGAAAAGUUGGUCUUGGCCACAUCGGAAGCACUUUUGCUUUGGAAAUUUUCCAAUAUCAGGGAGCCGACAUACACCGAAGAUGUUAUCGAAGAAGGCGUCUCUGUUCAUGCCGUGGACUUUUCUCAGCAGGGAACGUGGAUAGCCUCCGGAGGCAAAGGGGGAGACGUUAAGAUUUGGGAUGCGCAACACGGCAAUGCGUUGCGCAGAAGGCUACAAGGCCAUGAAGGAGAUGUUACCUCCAUUGCAUUUUCGAGGGACGGCAAACUCCUCGUCUCCGGUUCUAAUGAUUCAACGGCCAAAAUCUGGAGCGUAGAAACUGGAGCAAACCUCAAAUCUUUCGCCUGUGUGCACGGCGUUUAUGGAGUGGCAUUUUCGCCAGACGGCUCUCUCAUUGCAGCAGGAUUCGGCAAUCAGAUCAGUGUUUGGGGGAGUGAGUCAGGAGUCGAGCGAUAUGUGAUCAGAGGGCAUAAAGAACGUGUGGCCGCGGUUGCCUUCUCACCUCGAGGAUGCCUUGCCUCGGGAUCUGACGACAUGACUAUCCGGCUCUGGGACCUGCAAGGCAGCGUGAGCAAUGAUGCGCAUACCCUACUUGAGCCCGUCGGCGAGAAGCCGAUCAACGUCAUAGCCAUGUCUCUUGACGGUCAAUUUCUGGCGUCAACUUCUGGCGAAAGCAUCCACCUCUGGGAUGGGAUAACCGGCAUGCCGCUGGAACCUCACACGCUUUUGCAGAGUCUCGUACAGUCCAUCUCAUUCUCCCCCGACGGGAAACGUCUAGUUUCUUCUUCGAAAGAUGGAAUAGUGAGGGUUUGGGAUGUGGUCAGUGGAAUCUUAUGCCGUACUUUUCAAGGUCACUCCGAUUGGGUUAGACAUGCGGUCUUCUCUCCUGAUGGAACCUCCAUUGCCUCAGCAUCCGAUGAUCGCACCGUAAGGAUUUGGAGCUGCCCAGAAGAGGGAGAGGAGAAUGAUGCAAAAGUCCUUCAUGAUCACAACAGCAAGGUCACUACGGUCGCUUUCUCUCCCAAUGGAAGGCUCCUCGUCUCAGGGGAUGUGAAUUCAAACAUGAUCAUAUGGGAUCGCAAAUCCCUACGACCAAAGCAUAAAGUGACUGGACACUCAGGCGGCAUCAUAAAACUCAUUUUCUCGCAGGACUCUUCCCGAAUUGUGUCGCGGUCAAACGACUGCAAUGUUAGCAUCUGGGAUUCCAAAUCCGGGAAUCUCAUCCAGGGUCCUAUAAAGACCAGAAAUCCUCAACAUUCGGUUGGGUUCGACCCCAAGAUACCGGAAUAUAUCCUGACUGAGUUUGGAGCCAACCCAUCUACUCUUGGAUCUUCGUCUUUCUUUACUCAACAAUCUCUAAAGGGCAAAAGAUAUGGCAUAUCUGCAGCCGGUGACUGGAUUACAUGGAAUGGCAGAGAGAUCAUCCCCAUACCAGCGAUGUACAAACCCAGGGUCUCGUGGGUGCAGGGCAAUAUUGUGGCAAUCGGAACCAAGUCGGGCAAGGUGUUGUUGUUUCGGUUUUCCACAGAGGUUGAACCGCCAACCUGA